CGUUUUCGGGGAAAUGUCAAAACACAACAAAAGAAUGGGUUGACGUAUUUUGAAAAAAGUUUUGUUGUAAAACGCAAUAAAUUUUUGCUGCUGGGUUGGGACGUGCUAGCCGUUUGCCUGCGCGUCACGAUGAAGGCGAACGAGGUGUGGAACGCCGUUAUGAAGGGCGACAUGGAGAAGCUGCGCCAGCUAACCCAUGCGAAGGCACCGAGACCAGACUUUGGCAAACGGUUCGAUAAUCACCACUGGAACAUACUGCACCAUGCCGUUGUAAGUCGCAAUCUGGACUGUGUGAAGCUGGUGGUGGAUCACUUCCAUCCCGAAACGAACGCGCGCUGCUACGAAGGUCUCACACCACUGGCACGCGCCUGUGAGCAGUCCGUGUCGGUCGAGAUUGUUAGCUACCUGUUGCGUGUGGACCGAAGUGUGGUAAAUUCGGGGGACACUGAAAGCAUAACUCCGCUGCACUACGCCGUGUCGAACGAUCGGUUGGAUCUGGUAGAGCUGCUCAUUGCUAACGGUGCCGAUGUUAACUUGAUCGAUUAUGCGGACGAAACAGCACUGCAUACAGCCGCGUUCGAUACGGGCAACAUCGAAAUUUUGAUCUAUCUCCUGUUCAUCGCCAAAGCCAAGUGGCAGUUUCUUCCCGAUUCGGACGAUUUCAAUGGAAUAGAUAUAUUUAGUGCAAGGGGACCGUGUUCGGCCCGUAACAAGGUGGCUUGUUUUAAAAUUCUCUACAACUACGAACAUCCGGACCAUAUGUAUCGCCAGCGGUACUAUGUAAACGAUAUCCUGAAGUCGGCAUUGCUAAGCUAUCGCUCCCAGUCCUCCCUGAUCCCGUAUUUCAUCGAAACGGAACUGAAGUGGGAAAAGCAGGCCCGUGUUCGCACUUUGUACGAAAGACUGAUUCCCGACUAUGAGCUCCUGGCAAUGUUAGUGCUGUGCGAGUGUGGUCCAGUAACGAGUGAGCGAGAGGAGCUGGAAUAUACGUGGCCACUAGUUUGCUGCGUUUCCUUGCUGACCUCCGAUUUGGUACGGUUGUUAACAUUUUUCAUACAAGGCGAUGCGAACAGAACCGCCGAAACGGUCUCAGCACUGUUGGUGGAUUUAGUAGAUUUUAUUAAAACCUCGCUAAAAGUUAUGCGACAAACGUGGCAAAACAUAAUGCCCACCGUUUUGCAGGAAAUUCAUGCACUGGAAAACGUAAAGAUCAAUUCAGUCCUGUACGAUCAGUACCGUAAGGCGGUGGAUAGUCUGGCGUUAAUGUACGGUCCCGAAAUGGAUGCACUCGUUAAACAUUUACUCACGGAAAUUGUUCCCACAAAGCUGGACAUACUGUUCCCCUGUCUGAAGUAUUGCUCUUAUGGCUUCCUGGCCCGUAGGAUUAGUGAUACGAUCGCCAAGAAACCAUUGUACCAGUGGCUUUUGCAUCGGUUUGGCACAUGGAAAGCGAUAAACAGUAUUAUAGGUAAGCCCCAGUUUGAGCUAUUCUCGCUAAAACGUUUGGCCCGGGAUACCGUGCGCGAAACUGUAUGGCGCCACAUGAAUAGGCUGGCGCCGGAUAAGGUGCACAUUCUCAACCAACGGUUGCAGUCACUAGAGAUACCGAAUGAAAUGAAACUUUAUCUCGUCUAUAGCGACAAUUCCUCGAUGAUGUACUUCGUGAUGUAGAAUGCAUUAGUUGGAGUUGGGCGAGCAUUUGAAUAAUUAUCACUGCAUGUAAUUCACGGUACCGUGUAUAUGUGUGUUUGUUGGCUGUGUAUGUGUUAACGCCUAUCGGUAGGCAACAGGCAUUACCGUAUGGGAUAGCAAGACUAGAUCCCCGAUCAGCUCUGAUCAAUAAAAUUGUACUCCACCGCAUAUUAUAUCCACCGAGUUGAGAUGUUUUUAACGACUCGAUACAGCUUUUUUAACGUGCUGUUUUUGUUACAUGGCUUCAUUUUUACACAAAACAAAAACAUGCCAAAAUGAUGCUUAAAUCGUGAGGCUAAUUAAAUGAUAAAUGUUUACGAAUAAAUAAAUAUUUGCAACUGUUAAAAAGGCAACAA